GGGAUUCCAGGCGGAGCGGGCUCGCCGGAGCAGAGGUGCGCAGCAUUGCGCUCGGACCUUCCGCACCUGUCGCACACACUUGCGCCUUCCUCGCAGCAGCGCUGACGCUGCCUUACUGGUGACGCGUGACUUUCGAUCGCCUGGUCAUGGCCUACCCGGGAUACGGAGGGGCGUUUGGAAACUUCAGUGGUCAGAUUCCAGGGAUGCAAAUGCAAAUGGGCCAGCCAAUGCCAGGGGCAGCUCCCAAUAUGUUCUCUAGUGGCUACCCUGGGUACGUGGCAUACGACAGCUACUCCCCUGCCGAUGACUCCAUGUGGACGUAUUUCACAGCUGUUGCUGGACAGGAUGGUGAGGUGGAUGCUGAGGAGCUACAGAGAUGCUUGACGCAGUCUGGAAUCAGUGGAACUUACGCUCCUUUCAGUUUGGAAACCUGCAGAAUUAUGAUUGCCAUGUUGGAUAGAGACUACACAGGAAAAAUGGGAUUCAACGAGUUUAAGGAGCUUUGGGCAGCUCUUAAUGCCUGGAAGCAGAACUUCAUGACCAUUGAUCAAGAUCAGAGUGGCACCGUGGAGCAUCAUGAGCUGAGUCAAGCCAUUGCUCUUAUGGGCUACAGGUUGAGCCCGCAGACAUUAGCUGCAAUUGUUAGACGCUACAGCAAGAACGGCCGGAUUUUCUUUGAUGACUAUGUUGCCUGCUGUGUGAAACUACGUGCCCUGACAGAUUUCUUUAGGCGAAGAGACCACUUGCAACAAGGGAUUGUGAACUUCAUGUAUGAAGAUUUUUUGCAGGGCACUAUGACAAUUUGAAAGCCUAGCAUUCCAAAGGCGGAGACAGACUGCGAAUCCUUCUGCUUCAUUGAAACAGACUGGACUACCUAAAAUUAAAGCUCGCGGAACUUUUUUGUAUGCCUUCCUGUGAAAGCUCCCCACUUUCUGUUAUUUAACCUUAAAGCACGGUUCAAUGCAAUAACUUUUUUAUUUGGGAUAUGUUAUUUUUGGAAAAGUUAUGACAUUGGAGAUAUAUGCACGCUCUCUUGAAAUGUUGCUAACGGUGUAUAGCUAACUGAUACCAGCAUACCUGAGCCUUAGUUCUUAACAAUAAAGCAUAUCAGAAUGUAGUCACAUGACAGAUAGUCUACGAAGCCAAAUAACGAAAGUCUAGAUAAAACUUUUAUAUUAUCUAAAAGCUUCAAGUUAUACUUUUGAUUUUGUUCAUGCCUGUGGGUGUUUCUGGGAGUGAGUCAGAGGGGACAGCUGCACUUUGUGCUGUCUCUGGGGUUUGUUUAUACCAUCAGAGGACAUAGCACAUGUUCUUGGCUUGUGAGUGACAGAUCUGUUGCUCCUAAGACUUUAUCCUUCUUAGGUUCUGUCAGCCUAUAGUAGUAGGUAUUGUUUCACCUUUUUUAUUGUCUUGUUUAUUUUUCUACAGUAUGUUUUGUCUUCCACUAUUGUUUUUGUUUUAAACUUCUCUGUUUUUGUUUAGCUGUGUUUUGUGAGACAGUGUCUUUCUCCAUAGCCCAGUGGGACACAAACUCGUGGACCUCCUACCUUAUGCCUCAUUGUUUGCAAAGAUUCAAGACUUGCACACCCUUGACCAUACUAAAAAUGUAAAGUGAAGAUGCCUUUUUCUUUCACUCAUGAAGGCAUAGAUAACCUAAAAUGUCAACUGUCUCGGAAUCAAGCAGUUUUGAGGAGUGGUGCAUUUUAGUGAUGAAUUAGCACUCAUUCUCGUUUGUUCAGUUAAAGCUGGGUGCUGCGCCUAGGUAAUGGCAACGGUUUAUACAGAAAAUCAAGUAAUCUGCCUCUGUUCAAGUUCUGUGAAAUUCUGUGUUGGAUUGGUAGUAUGGACUAAUGUGUGUGUGUGUGUGUGUGUGUGUGUGUGUGUGUGUACCAGGAAGUGUUUUGUUUUUCAUAAUUUUCCUCCUCCUCUCCUCUUCCCCUUCCUCCUCUUUCCUUUCUUCUUCCUCCUCCCCCUCUUUCCCCUCCACUUUCUCUUUUUCUUCUUCCUCCUCCUCCUCCUUCUCCUCCUUCUCCUCUUCCUCCUUCUCCUCCUUGCUCCAUAAGCAGCAUUUCUGGUGAAAUUUUCUAUAAAGAUUUCGAGUAGUUACCAGGUUGUUUGCAUUAAGUUCUCUGAUCUAGGAUGUCAGACUUAAUUUGGUUUCUGAAUUUUCAUAUAUUUUAACUGAAUAUAUUCUAGCUGAAUUCAGAUGCAAAUAGAUAUAAUUUUAGUUUAGCUGGUGACCAAAUUAAAUAUUUAAAACAGAACUCCAUGAUUCUUAAAAAUAUUUCUAAACGAAAACUCCACAAAAGUGCAACCUCUCUUAUAAAUACAGAAAACUGAAAAUCAGCUUUUACUUCAAAAGAUCCUGGAAAGGAAAUGAUGUGUAAUCACUUUGACAUUGAUUACUGUUAACUUGCUAUCAAAUCUAAUUGGUCAAUUUUAUAAGGAUAGGUCAAUGAAUAAUCCGUACACACUGUCCUCUCUUUGUUCAUGACCACAUAUUUCGUAGCCUGAAGGAAUAUUAACGGAAACAUUGAAUGUACAGAAUCUGAAGCUGUUACAGAAAACAGAAGCCACAUUAUGAUAUUGUAAGUCAUUGAGCAAUGUACACUCUUAAUGUAUAAGUGCUUUUAUUUAUACAGUAAACAUGUUUCCAUGUCAUUUUGAGAAUUUUUUAAUAAACAUUCAAAUAGCUUGCUGUAAAGUUUUGUAUCAUACAAAAUUUGUUACAUAUAUACUGUAAUGAGAUGCUUCAGUUCAAACAACAGUGCGUUAAUUCAGCUAUUAUCUAAAAGAUUGCCAAAUGGUUAAAUGUCAGGUAUUGCACUUCUAGUUUGAGUGGCAGUUUACACAUUUUUAAAUUACAUCAAUACUAUGGGAAUCUUGAUUUGGUCCACUUUAAAUGUAUUUUAAGGACUGUGCUCAUUAAUCUAUUUUAGGCAUGCAUUCAGAAAAAAAGAAAGUUAACAAAUAUAUAUUCAAGUUAUGUAUUUAUUUCCAGAAAAGGCAUUUAGCCUGGAAGAAAGUAGAAUUUAUCCAGGUAGUUUAAACUCUGUGCAAUUAAAAAAAUAACAAAAUCAAUUUGUGAUAGUUCUUUAAUUAAAAUAUACAAAUCAAGCUCACUUGUAAUCUUACGAUGUUACUAAUGAACAAAAAAAAAUAAAUUCUAUUUGUGAGAAAUGUGCUUUUUUAAAAUGUUCUUUUCUUUUUGACAAACUAAAGUGGAUAUGUUUUGUCUUGUUUCAUUAACAACUUUCUGUAAAUUUGAUAGGAAUAUUGAUUUUUAAAAGUUUGUAAAUUGAACCCACUGCUCAGAUUCCCAGACUGCUCUCCGUUAGCACAUCUUUUGCUUAACAGGGAAAACACAACCAAGGCUCUCUUAUCCCUUUGGUACUCGAUUGAAAAAAAAUCUCUCUCUCUCUUUUUUUUUUUUUUGUUUGUUUUUUUGUUUUAGUGCAUCAUUUAUGUAAUGAGUUAAGCAUCCUCAAAUAAAUGCCUAAGGCUCAGGAAUCAUCUAAAAUAUGUCUGCAGUCUGUCUAUAAUAUUGGAGGAUACAACUGCAAAUGUUUAGAAUGUCUUGAGGUGGUGAAUGCAGACAUUAUUUUAAAUGAAUAAAUAAAAGUCUUAUUGUUUCAAGAUAUCUUCAAGAUAUCUCUCCAUAUAUUAAACUAAAUUUUUUUGUGUAAUUUAGAACACAGUGAAGAAAACUUUCUAGCAAAAAGACUUGGAGAAAUCCGGAAGCCUUUGUGACUCAAGACUAUCUAUCAUUUGGAUGCUAGGAACCCUGUGCUUUGAACCCCUCUUGUUGCGUUUCCUUCUACUUAUUUUUCAGCAUGCUUUCCCCUUCUUACAAAAAAAAAAAAAAAAGAGUGUAGGUUCUAAUCAUUCCUUUUAUCCAAGUAGCUUCAUAAUACUCAGCUCAGGUUAUGAAAGCACAGGCUUGCCUCUCUCAGUCUGAAUGUAUGGUAAGUAGACAGAGCACUUCUAUCUCAUUACCACACACUGCAAUCAGAAAAUGCACGGGGGUUUUGCCCAUGUGGUGGUCUUGUUAACGAGUGUGCCCUUUCAUUAACAUCAAGAAGUUACAGCAUCAUUUAAUAGCUAAUUGGAAAGACGUGUGAAUCAGGAAUGAUGGGUUUCCAAUUCCGAUGUACUUGGGGCUGAAGUUUAAUCUUUUCUCUAAGUACAAAUGUUUAAAUAUAUAGAUACAUGCAUAUAACCAUUUUGAUUUAAUUGUCUGUGUUGCUUAUUUAGUUGUCUUAUUUUUCUAUGAUUACUGAAAUUUCAAAAGGUAACCUGA